CAACUGUUACUUAACUGCAUGACAGAUCAUCACUGGAACACCUAUACGAAGAAUGUUCACCAGUUCUUUAAAAAUAAGUUUGCAUAUGUGAUUUAUUUAAGCUUCUGAAAUGAUUAGAACACUUUUUAUUGUCCUGCUUUUGCUGUUUGUGACUCUGGGAGAAGCAAAGAAAUCGUUUCUCAGUUUUUUGAAUAUAGAAAAGACUGAAAUACUACUUGUCACAAAGACGAAAGAAACCCUCGUUGUAAGAUCGAGCUACAGAGAUAAACAGCCUAACUCCAGCUAUCUCUUUGUAAAAUCAGAAGAUCCUGAAAUCCUGCAAGUGGUGAAUGUGACCAAGACCUCAUCGGAUGUUACAAACUUUACCAUAAACAUAGUGACGGAUAAAGAAGGGGAAACAAAUUUGACCAUUCAACUCUGGGAAACUGAAGCAUUGGACGAAGACCUUCUGGAUUGUGUUGGACCAGUCUAUAACACUGUCACAGCUAAAUCUGAACAUUAGACUUCCCUUGCACUGGCAGACUCUUCAUCUCACUCUCAGCCAUUUGAAAGCAGAACAGCCUUUCUGGGAUGGAAAAAAAAAUAUUAGGAACAAUGGCAAAGUAUCUAGACUACUAGAGAAAAAUUGGACUUCUGGCUCAUUUGACCUAGGAAGCUUGAAAUUGUUUUAAUUUUAAUGAAUAAGAUACUUGAUUUUUUUUUUUUUUGGUCUGUUUUCCUUCAAACCACUUACAGUGAUUUUAGCAGCUUUGCUAAAUCAGUGGGACCAUGUUCAUUUACAAAAGGUUUAAAGACGACUCUGCUAACAUUUCUGCAAAUGCU